GGGCUCCUCUUGCCCUUACCUUUUGCCCUGCCAGCAUGGCCGCCGCCUGCGCCCUCCGCCGCCUCCGCCUGCCUCUCCUGCCCUCGGCAGCUGCCGCGCGGAGGCCUCCCCGUCGCUUCCUGGCGGCGGCGGCGGCGCCUCAGUUCCAGUACAUCGUGGUGGAGAAGCGCGGCUCGGCGCAGAGCGUGGCGGUGAUCCGCCUGAACCGCCCGCAGGCCCUGAACGCGCUGUGCGACGGGCUGAUGGCCGAGGUGGGCGAGGCGCUGGACGCCCUGGAGCGGGACCCUGGCGUGGGCGCCGUGGUCAUCACGGGCAGCGAGAAGGCGUUCGCGGCCGGCGCGGACAUCAAGGAGAUGCAGGGCCGCACCUUCCAGGAGUGCUACGCGGGGAACUUCCUGGCGCACUGGAACCGGGUCUCCACGGUCAGGAAGCCCGUCAUCGCCGCGGUCAACGGCUACGCGCUCGGCGGAGGCUGCGAGCUGGCCAUGAUGUGCGACAUCAUCUACGCCGGCGAGAAGGCGCAGUUCGGGCAGCCCGAGAUCCUGCUGGGCACCAUCCCCGGCGCCGGCGGCACGCAGAGGCUGACCCGGGCCGUGGGCAAGUCCCUGGCCAUGGAGAUGAUCCUCACCGGCGAGCGCAUCUCGGCGCAAGAGGCCAAGGCGGCCGGCCUGGUCAGCAGGGUCUGCCCCGUGGACAAGCUGCUGGACGAAGCCGUCGGAUGCGGCGAGAAGAUCGCCAGGAACUCCAAGCUGGUGGCGGCCAUGGCCAAGGAGGCGGUGAAUGCGGCCUUCGAGAUGACUCUGGCUGAGGGCAAUAAGGCAGAGAAGAGGCUGUUCCAUGCCACCUUCGCCACAGACGACAGGAAAGAAGGGAUGAGCGCCUUCGUGGAGAAGAGGCAGGCGAACUUUAAGGACCACUGAGUCGCCCCGCAGAAGCCGCUGAUGCACAGUGCGCUGGGGGUUGGCUGGCUGGCUGGCUGAAGAGAUCGCAGCCGUGUUUAUCCAGUCUGCUCAGAUGGCCUCUUCCAAGUGGCACCUCUCUGUGACAGGAGGCCUUUAAUUGCAAAUUAUGUGCCUUUCACUUGCCAGGAAGAUUGGGGGGGGGGCAUAGUUUGGGGAUAUGCAAUUCUCCGUGAUCAGUUUCUUUUGUAAGGAAAUAAUUAUUGUCUACAGGUCUCCUUAAAUCAACUGUUGGAGUAUGCCCCUGUCUGAAGACACCUUGGAUUACAUAGUUCCCCAAUUUGUUUAAUUGUACUAAAUGGCCCCGAGACAGCAAUGCCAGAUGUAGAUGUUACACAUGCACAUACAUGCAUGCACAAAACUUUAAGCUCUGUGAUUCUUUCCCAGCUCAGAUUGUAGGUUUACCUCCACAUUAGGGUGAGUAGAGGCAGGUGCUUUAAUACUAUCUUCAUCCUGGGCUGCUGACUCCUGUAUGUGGUUUGGGAGAGGUAUGCCCAGGGUAGUGUUUCUUUUGGUUUGAUCUGUUCUGUACUUGUUUCCACCAUCAGAGUACUGCUCUGGUGGUGAGUCUGAGCUGUAGCUGAUGGCCACUGCAAUGUGGUGGUGGGAAAAGGCUUAAGGGUAUCCUGGGGCUGGGCUUUGCAUCUCUGCAUAAAGCAGCAAAUGGUAGUCUAGUCUGCAUUAACUGAAUAAAUGUGACAAUACAUGUCUUUAAUAAAAUUACAUCAUUUCAAAAAGA